AUGAAUGUUUCUUGGUUAGCCACUACUGAAAAUACAUUCAACAAUGUCUAUGAUCCUCUGUAUGGUCUUGAUUUAGGGAUCUCACCGAUUAAAACGGAAGAAGAAAAAGAGCUGCAAAUUGAAGCAAGCCCACUUUUGAUUGUACUCAUAACAAUGUGUGGAAGAAUGGCUAAUGUAGUUGGCACGAUGAAGUUGUACAAGGGCCUUGGGAAGUUCUUCUCAGACAGGAAACGAAAAAAGUUCAGAAAAGCUACAGAACGAGUGCAAAAUGGAGAGACAGAAGUGGAGAUUACAGAAAUAUUUGCAGACUGUUGCCAAUGUUUUUAGCA